UAUUGUGCGAUCCAUCCUUCAUUUCCCUCAUAAUCAUCUUCUUCUACUUUCUACUUCCACUUCCUGGCGAAGACUCUUGCUGGCAAGAUCAUACAGUUUUGCAUUUUACACUUACAGAAUCUUUUUUUACGAUUGCCGCCCUCGAACGGAUCCAACAAGACCAUCCCUCAAGAUGCUCACAAAACAACUCCUCCUCACACCGUCCUACCCCUCCUCAAACGCCGCAGUCCUCUCCCCAGCCAAACGCUUCCGCAAAUCUCUCACCACAGUCCUACACAUAGCGAGUCUAGUCUUCACUUUUCUCUCCAUGUCCCUCUUCGCAGCCGCCAUCCCCCGCUGGAACGCCAACUUCUUCCACAAUACCGGCCCAUCCCGCGGCGACUGGACAGACGGCAUGCCUCUCGGCCCUCUGGUCUUUGCCCUCCUGUACCACACGGGAACACUGAUCCACUCCCGCAGCAUCCAAAAGAUCCGCCCUUCCAACACCAACAACACCCUCCCCAACAAUACCCUGACGUCCCGCCGAACGCUGCUCAUCGACGCCGCCGUAUCCAGCCUUAUCCUCGUCACACUCUUCCCAUCGCUAUUCCUCGCCGGCUAUGGCUCGCUCUUCCGCUUCUGGCGCCCCGCCAUGCGCACACAGUCCGGCGGCGUACCGUGCACGAUGCUCAACGUCUUCUCUCGCGAGUGUCAGCCUGUCUUGUACUCCGUCGGCAAUCUUCAACUCGCCGGCAUCGUCUUUGGCUGUACGGUGUGGAUGUGCCAUUUCGCGCUAUUGCUGGUCACGCUGAGAAACGUCCGCAGACACAGUCUGAUCAAAAAAGUUCAGAGUGAGAAGUGGACGCAAUUCACCAACUCCUCGUCGUCGUCCGACGGUGGCUCCACGAGGAGUGCGAGCCGAAGUGCACGUUCCAGGACGCUGUCGAUCAAGGCGUACUACACGCAUGGAAAUCGACGAGGUCCAGGAAGUCGGACGGCCUCUCGCGAUGGAUCAGCGGAGCGACGAAGCGGUUCACGACUAGCGACUGGGUCGGGCGAUGAGGUACAGAUCCCCAUAGAGAGCCGCCCCCCUGUAUUGCAGCGGAAUGCUUGA